CCACCUCCGUCGAUUCGUAUACCAAAGCACCACCAUAAAAGAGGAAGGAGAGGGUGCCGAUGUCACCGUGCAGACCUGGGUUCAGCGUGAUUUCCUUUCCCUCGAUGGAGAUAUGGGUUUCUUCAAGAAAGCCCACUGCGGAGGUUCAACUCACUGAUUUAGGCGCUAUCGCCAAGAAGGAAGGAGAAGCCGAGCCGUCGCCGUCGAGAAGGAGGUCACCCUGCGGUUGUCGUCAUCACACCCAGAAGGAGGAAGAAGGUCUCGUCGAGGAAGUUCCAAGAUCGAGCGGAAGAUGAAGGGAAAAAGGAGGAAGGCGAAGGCUGGGGUAUUUUUUGUUCUUGAACUGCAUCUGUUUGUGGAGGAGAUGGAAGAUGAAGGGACAUGAAGGGGAAGAGAAGCCUC